UCCAACCAAGUCCAGUUUGAAUUCAAAUUACUAACCUUAAAAUAUUUUUCUUGAAGUGCUAAAAUAGAUUUAUAUGAAUUCCUCUUUCAUUCUUAAAAUUUUAUUCAAUUUCUUUAAUUCAUCAAGGUAUAAGGUUCAAUACUAUAGAAUUUAUCUGCUUUAAUAAUGCUAGUCAGUAUUUUUAUUACCAACGUAUUGAAGACUAAUUAUUCAGAUUGAUUUGGGAUCUAAAGAAUUUCUUGUUUUAUUUUUUAGAAUUUUAUGUUUGAAGGAUGUCAUCGCUCACUCCAGAACAACUAAAACGGAUAGAAGAAAACCGUCUAGCAGCUAUUCGAAUUCGUGAGGCCAAACUGAAAAUUCAACAACAAAAUGUCGGAAAUAAGCCCCUCAUUCGCACUGCACCGCUGGCCUCUGCUAACACCUAUGCGCCCGUGCCCAGAGCUGGUUCAGCAAAUAACAAUUCUAUACAAUCUAGCAUAUCCCGGAUUGCAACUGAAAUGAGAACGAAUUUCUAUAGCAGCAAUAAGGACGCUGCGCCUAAAAGAAAGCUACAAGAACUGGCUGUCGAAUCAGGGCCGGCAAAAAAAACCGGAGGUUCUCUCGACAAUAAAUUUAAACAGUUUAACUCAAAUCAGCAAACGGCAAGUGUCGCUAACAAUCCGACUGAUUUCUUGAAAGUGACUGUAGGUUUUUGCGAACUAAUAUCAGAUAGUCGAUUCAGAGUGCAAAUGGAUUACAAUCAAAAGGCGCUCGAUCUGUUCAAAACAAUUCCUGGAAAAAUGUAUGAUUCGAAAAGUAGGGAUUGGAACUUCCCCUUGACUGAGCACAAAACGUUGAUCUCCAAAUGUGAUGUAUUGAGGCCGCAAGUACAUAUUAAUCCACUGCCUCAAUUCAUUAUUAAACACUUUAUUACAAAACGUAAGAAUUCAACAGAAUCAUACAAAGAUAUUGAUAUUAGUCCUGUGGAGUCGACUCUGAGAAAUUACCUGUAUCCAUUCCAAAUUGAAGGAGUUCAGUUUGGCGUUUCAAAAGAUGGAAAAUGUUUGAUAGCUGAUGAUAUGGGUUUAGGAAAAACAAUUCAAGCUCUAGGAAUUGCCAGCUACUACAGAAAUGAUUGGCCUCUUUUAAUUGUAUGUCCUUCUUCCAUGAGAUACCAAUGGCUGGAAGAUGUAUGCAGACUAUUGCCUAGUGUUCCUAUGCAUAACAUUUUUGUACUAAAGACUGGGAAAGACUACAUUGAAGAAAGUCUUGUUAAAGUUCUUAUUUUGUCAUACGAUCUAUUAGGACGCAUGUCUAAACUAUUGAACAGUAUCAAAUUCGGCGUUAUUAUACUGGACGAAAGUCACUCGUUGAAGAGUGGCGCGUCGCAACGCAGCAAAACGGCGCUGGACAUGGUGAAGCACUUGUCGCGCGUCAUUCUGCUGAGCGGCACUCCAGCGCUGUCAAGGCCAGUCGAGCUCUACACCCAGCUGGUGGCCAUGCAACCCAACUUCUUCGGCAAUUUCCGUGAAUACGCAAAACGUUAUUGUGAUGCCAAACAAAACCGAUUCGGCUGGGAUAAUUCUGGCUCGUCACACGUCGACGAACUUAAAAUUGUUCUCGAAUCUAAAUUUAUGAUCAGAAGACUGAAACAAGAUGUACUCACUCAGUUACCUUCUAAAGUUAGGCAAGUGGUAAUACUGAACAGUGAUACGAUAAAAACAACCAAAGAAAUGCAAAGUUUCCAUGAUACUUUGACGCACGACCAACUGUCACAUUCCGAAAAGCGAAGUCAAAUUAUGCUGUACUAUGGUGAAACUGGCAAGAAUAAACUGAAAGCUGUUUGUGAGUACAUCGAGAAACUUCUCGACGAGAAUAAAAAGUUUCUAUGCUUCGCUCAUCAUCGAGAAGUCUUGGAUGGGAUCUGCCAGACUCUGAUUAAGAAGAGUGUCAAGUUCAUCAGAAUCGACGGCAGAGUGCAGACGGACGAGCGCAAACGACUGUGCGACGACUUCCAGACGAACUCUAGCUGCCGGGUGGCCGUGCUCUCCAUCAAGGCGGCCAAUACCGGCCUUACGCUCACCGCCGCCCAUCUCGUUGUCUUCGCCGAACUCUUCUGGAAUCCCGGUGACCUGUUCCAAGCGGAAGACAGAGUGCACAGGAUUGGGCAAGUGGACAGUGUGCACAUCCAAUACCUGUUGGCCAAGGGCACUUGCGAUGACUUCAUGUGGCCCCUCAUCGAAAGCAAGCUCACCGUUCUCAACAAGGUCGGUCUCACCAGUGACUCGCUCAAAGACACUGCUGACGUCACCGAAACCAGUGUCUCCAAAACGAAACAGCCAAAUAUCACAGACUUUCUGAAAGAUGUUCGGUUUGAUGAUGAUGAGGAUGAUGAUCUUUUAAACAGUGUCAUGGACUCUUUCGAUCAAUACACGUAACACUGUACUCAGGCUAACUUCCUCCAUUGUACGCUCAGUUCUUAAUAUUGUAGGUACCAUUUAUAUUAUUAUUUUGUUAAUUAGUUUAUAAUCAUCAAAUGCAAAUUAAACUUUUAUAUAAUAAUAGUGG